AUGGGACCCAGGGCUCCGAGGGGAUGCAGCGCGCCCGCUGCCAGGGACUCUUUGUCGGUUCUACUCCUCCUAUGUUUGCUCUCGAGGACUUCCGAGUUAAAAGCUGCAAAUGCCUUUAAACCCAAUAUUCUACUGAUAAUGGCAGACGAUCUUGGCAUUGGGGAUCUUGGUUGCUAUGGGAACGAUACGCUCAGGACACCCAACAUCGACCAGCUUGCAGAGGAAGGUGUGAGGCUCACCCAGCACCUGGCGGCCGCCCCCCUCUGCACCCCCAGCAGAUCUUCCUUCCUCACGGGGAGGCACUCCUUCAGAUCCGGCAUGGAUGCUGAUGAUGGGUACCGUGUCCUCCAGUGGAACGGGGGAUCGGGCGGACUCCCCGUGAAUGAAACCACGUUUGCGAGAAUCCUGCAGCAGCAGGGUUAUGCCACCGGCCUCAUAGGAAAAUGGCACCAGGGUGUGAACUGUGAAUCCCGCACCGACCACUGCCACCACCCACUGAACCACGGAUUUGACUAUUUUUAUGGCAUGCCUUUCACGCUUGUGAAUGACUGUCAGCCAGGCAGGGCCCCGGGACUGGACGCCGCGACUAGAAGCAGGCUGUGGCAUUACACGCAGAUGGCGGCACUGGGGGUCCUGACUGUUGCUGUUGGCAAGACUUGGGGGUUAAUCUCUGUGUCCUGGAAGGUAGUCCUGGGCGCAGCUAGUGUCGUCUUCCUCUUCUUUGUCUCCUGGUACGCCAGCUUUGGGUUUGUGCGUCGUUGGAACUGUAUCCUGAUGAGAAACCAUGACGUCACAGAGCAGCCCAUGGUUUUGGAAAGAGCGGCGAGUCUCAUGCUACACGAGGCAAUUUCCUAUAUUGAAAGAAAUAGGCACAGGCCAUUCCUUCUGUUCGUGUCCUUGCUGCAUGUACACAUUCCCCUGGUAACUACAAAACAGUUUCUUGGAAAAAGCCAGCACGGCUUAUAUGGCGACAACGUGGAGGAGAUGGAUUGGCUUGUAGGUGAAAUCCUUAAAGCCGUUGAAGUAAACGGUUUGAAAAACACGACAUUCACGUAUUUUACCUCUGAUCACGGAGGACAUUUGGAGGCAAGGGACGAACGUGGCCAGCUGGGGGGAUGGAAUGGAAUAUUCAGAGGUGGCAAAGGGAUGGGGGGCUGGGAAGGUGCGAUCCGUGUCCCGGCGAUCUUCCGCUGGCCUGGGGUGCUGCCAGCUGGCCAAAUGAUCCACGAGCCCACCAGCCUGAUGGAUGUUUUCCCCACCGUGGUCCAGCUGGGGGGCGGCGAGGUGCCCCAGGACAGGGUGAUCGAUGGCCGUAGCCUGGUGCCCUUGCUUCAAGGGGCUGCUGAGCACUCUGCACAUGAGUUCCUGUUUCAUUACUGUGGAAAGUAUCUGCAUGCAGCACGCUGGCACGAGAAGGACAGUGGAAGACUCUGGAAGGUCCACUACAUGACACCGCAGUUCCACCCCAAGGGGGCGGGGGCCUGCUACGGCCGAGGCCUGUGCCCCUGCUCUGGGGACGGCGUGACCCAGCACAGCCCGCCUCUGCUCUUCGACCUCUCCAGGGACCCUUCCGAGGCAGAGCCCCUGUCCCCUGACUCCGAACCCCGGUACCACGCGGUGGUAGCAAGGGUGGGCGAGGCAGUGGAUCAGCACAGGAAGACCCUGAGUCCUGUGCCCCCCCAGUUUUCCCUGAGCAACAUCAUCUGGAAGCCAUGGCUGCAGCCGUGCUGUGGAACCUUCCCCUUGUGCGCGUGUGGGCAGGACGGAGGUCCCCAAUGA